AUGACCAGCUUGACAGACUCUCAAGACAUCUCAGUAACAGAGAAAUCAGCAGAUUCCGAACGUCAUCCAUUGCGUUAUACUUGGGUAUUUUGGUUCAUGCAUCGUCCUCCGAGAGCCAAAAUCACCAAUUACGAAGGAGCGAUGAAGCGCAUCGCUGCCUUCUCUUCGAUUGAAGAUUUCUGGGCUGUAUAUAGUCAUCUGACGCGUCCGCACGACUUACCAAAUAUUAGCGAUUAUCACUUAUUCAAGCAUGGCGUCAGGCCUGUGUGGGAGGAUAACGCAAAUAUUAACGGUGGUAAAUGGAUUGUGCGGUUGAAGAAGGGGUUAGCAAGCAGAUACUGGGAAUCUCUGGUCCUGGCGAUCAUUGGAGAGCAAUUUGAUGUAAACGAUGAGAUUUGCGGUCUGGUGCUAUCCAUUCGUAGUUCCGAAGAUAUCAUAUCCGUAUGGAACAAGACAUCCUCCAACGGAAGAAUCAACCUGAAAAUUCGAGAUACGAUUAAAAAGGUCUUGAAUUUGCCCCAAGAUACCAUCAUGGAGUACAAGACACAUAAUGAUGCACUUAAAGAUAAUUCCAGUUUCCGCAACACGGAUGUAUUUCGGUGA